CCGCCAUCUUUGUUGAUGUGUCAGUGAGAGCGGAGCCCGAGCUUCCCGCAGACUUACAUUUUACAAACAGUAUGGACAGUUGUCCUCCAGAAGAGCCAGGAGGUCAAUCUCCAGAGAUUGAUACAUCGACAGAUGAAACGCCUGAACUCCUGUCUACAGAUGGACCUAACCUUGGAGCAGUAGAUCCCAUUUUGGAAAUAAAAGCGGUAACUGGGCCUGAUUCUCCUGUAGAAGAAGACAAUGACUGUGAAAAUCAAUCCCUGUUUGAUAAAUUGGACAAUGAACACUCAGACCCUGAUCCAGCAGAGGCACAUAGCGUAUGUGAGGGGCAACCUGUGUUUUACGAUUUGACUGACGGAGGUAACGUUUGUUCUAAUAAACCUUUUGAUCCUCCACUGGAGGCUGCAGCUUGUUGCGAUGGCACCAAGCCCUCGUCAGAUAUUAAUGGACCUAAAACGCUCAUCACAGAACAGUUAGAGGAACUCUGUUCACCAGAUGUCAUGGGAAGAUCCGUUCCAGAGCUGAACACAGAAAAGCAAUGUGAAGUGGUUUGCACCAAAAAUGAACUUACUGGAACCCAUGUUUCACCUCCAAAUGAGAGUUUACUGGACGAACUAGAAACCGAGCUUUCUUUGACCGAAAUGGAUUGUAAACUGCCUAAUGGAUUGAAUAAAGGGGAAUGGACUCUAAAUAUGUUGGAAAAGUGUGUCCAAGAUAAAUACUUGUUGCAGGAAGACACCAUUAGGAGGUUAAUGGAAGAGAAUCAGAAACACCAGCAGAUGAUCGUGGAUAUCUGUUCAGAAAAGGAUAACUUAAGGGAAGAUCUGAAAAAUCGAGCAGAGAUGGAAACAAAGCAUGUUGACACAAUCAAACAGCUAGAAAGAAGAAUCGAGGAGCUGAAUAAAGAACUCAGCAAUUCGAGAGAGAGACUUAUGGCCCAGGAUACGGCUGCCAAAAAUGCCAUCCAGCAGCUGCACAAGGAGAUGGCAUUUAGAACAGAGCAGGCAAAUAAAAAAUGUGAGGAAGCACGGCAAGAGAAAGAAGCCAUGGUGAUGAAAUAUGUCCGAGGUGAGAAGGAAUCUCUGGAUCUGCGCAAAGAAAAAGAAACGAUUGAACGCAAGUUGCGAGACGCUAACAAGGAGAUUGAGAAGAACAAUGCAAGAAUCAAACUUCUUACUCAGGAAAAGGGGCGGCUGCACCAGCUUUGUGAGACAAAGGAAACUGAAACAAGUCGUCAGAGUCGAGAAAUUGAAAAACUUAAAGAGGAAGUCAAUUCUUACGCCAUCAAAGUGAAGUGGGCUCACAACAAACUCAAAACUGAGCUGGAUACACACAAGGAUACCAAAGACCGUCUUCGUGAAACGACCACAAAGCUAAAUCAGGCCAAAGAGGAAACAGAACAAAUACGACGAAAUUGCCAGGAAAUGAUUAAAACAUAUCAAGAAGCUGAAGACAUAAAAUCCAAUGAACUUGAUGCAAAACUCAAGGUAACUAAGGUGGAGCUCGAGAAACAGAUGCAAGAAAAAACCAACCACUUGGAGGUGCAUCAAGCCAAAAUAAAGGAACUAGACGAUGUAAAAAGGGCAUUUACUGAAGGAAUGGAUGAGCUUCGAACGCUUCGUACAAAAGUUAAAUGUCUGGAAGCGGAGCGUUUGAGGACUGAAGAAGAAUUAUCAAAAUACAAAGAACUAAUAAACCGUCAGAAGGCUGAGAUUCAGAACCUGCAGGACAGAGUGAAGAUUGUAGAUGAGCAAGAACAGCAGCAGCAGAGGGACCGGCAAGCGAUUGAAAAUUUGCAGGAAGAUGUUCGCAGUCUGAACUCUGUCAUCUCUGACCUGCAUAGUGACAUCGAUGGCAGCCGGAGCCGGGAGUCUGAGCUGCUGCUGUUCACGGAGAAGCUAUCCAGUAAAAAUGCUCAGAUCCAGUCUGAGAACAACUCGUUACUGGUGCAGCUUGACCGACUGACGUUCAGCGAGAGGGAGUUACAGACUGCGCUGGAACAGCUAUCACAGGCCAACGGUGAACUGGAUAAGAGACUGCAUGCCGAGGAAGCGAUGCGGCAGCAAGAAGUCCAGGCUCUCCAGACAGAGAUAGAAAGUCAACGCACACUCAUCGCUUCGCUAAAUACUCAAAUAGAGGAGCUGAAGGACGAGCUAACUACGCAGAAGCGCAAACAUGCCAUUAAUAUGAAGGAUCUCACUAAACAACUCCAGCAGGCACGUAAAAAAAUGGAGCAGAUCGAAAAUGGCAACUACGAGAAGGAAGUGAGCAGUAUGGGCAGUCGAUCCAGUUCAUCAGGAUCCCUUAAUGCGCGAAGCAGUAAUGAGGACCGUUCCCCCGAGAACACCGGAUCAUCAUCAAAUGUGGACAACUUUCCUGAAGUGGACAAAGCUGUGCUGAUUGAGAGGAUUGUUCGACUCCAGAAAGCACACGCUCGGAAAAACGAAAAAAUAGAAUUCAUGGAAGAUCACAUUAAGCAACUGGUGGAGGAAAUUAGAAAAAAAACUAAAAUAAUACAGACCUACGUUUUACGGGAGGAAGCUGGGACCUUAUCAACAGAGGCUUCAGAUUUUAACAAAGUUAAUCUGAGCAAGCGAGGUGGGAUCAUGGCUUCCUUGUACACAUCCCAUGCAGCAGACAGCGGCCUUACUCUAGACUUGUCCUUAGAAAUCAACAGGAAACUGCAAGCGGUGCUGGAGGAUACUCUGCUAAAAAAUAUUACCCUGAAGGAGAAUCUUCAAACUCUAGGGAGUGAGAUUGAACGUCUUAUUAAGCACCAACACGAGCUGGAGCGACGACUGUAGCUGCAUCAUCUGUACAAAUACCCGUCGAAGGAACCGUAUCAGACUUUUUACAGAAAACUUUAUUUUAGCAUUAAGCAUGAAGAUAUCCUGACACUCAAUACUAUAUAUAGAUAUAUUUUUUUUUAUUCCUGAAAAUGCAUCUUCAAAUUAGCAGGGAUUUGGAAUUUAUUUUUCUCUACUCGGUCGACUCAAGUUUAGUUUCAGUCUACCAAGCACUUUGCUCUCGUCAGAGUUAAUUUAUUAUCCUGAAUCCAGACACUCCAGUCUUGUGCUUUACGCUGGGGCCAUUUUAUUUCCUGCGAAGUAUCCUUUAAAUGAAUGAAAGAGAAAUUGCACUAACCAGGAAAAGAAAUUCCUAGCAGAAUUGAAAUUAUUACAGAUUCCGCACUCGUUCUUCCAUUCAGAUGCUCAAAACACUUAGGUCAUUACAUUGUAAUGAGAAUUAUCUGUAUUUUGAAGGGAGGGAAGGAUUAUGAAAUGGACUCCUGUGACCUUGUAAGUUGAAUCAUGUUAAGUUGAGUCUGCUGCAGCUACAGGGUUGCAGGUAAUUGGGUUACACAGUGUGUAGUCUGAUCGCUUGCUCUCCACCUUGUUAUAUUUUAGGGACCAACAACUUAACCCUUGCAAGUUAUUUACCAGGUUUUUUUUUU